AUGGCAACUGUGACAGAAGAUGAGCAGUUCCUGAGAACCUCGGGCCAGCAUGAUCCAGUGUGGAUACAUAAAGACCCAUACAUCAAUCGACCCGAGUUUCGACAAUUGGACAAGGACUUGGAAGCGGAUGUCUGCAUUAUUGGAUCUGGAAUCUCUGGCAUUUCCAUUGCCAAACAACUUGUAGAGAGAGAUUUCAAAGUGGUUAUGAUUGAAGCCAGAGAUGCAAUAUCAGGGGAAACGAGUCGCACGUCCGGUCACUUGUCCUCGGAUCUCGACGAUGGCUAUAGCCAAAUCGCCUCCACGUUUGGUCGAGACGGGGCUAAAAUAGCCGCUGAAUCACAUGGUUGGGCCAUUGACCACGUGGGCGAAGUUUGCAAGGAGCUUGGUAUCGAUUGCAGUUAUCGCAAGCUCAAGGCCUACAACAUCUCACAGUAUCCCAAGGGAACAAAAGAGCAUGACGACGAGAUCAAGGAACUGAAGGAAGAGGUCAAGAUUGCUCGGGAGUUAGGACUGGACGGCAAGUUUGUCGAGGGUGCAGCGAUCCCCGGCUGGGACGGUCCGAUCGACCAGCGCGAUGCUGCCAUAUUCAGCGGUCAGGCGACAUUCCACCCUACAAAAUACCUCAACGGCGUGCUGAAUUGGCUGGAGAGACAGAGCAACUUCGGAUGCUACACGCGCACGCGGAUGGUUUCGAUUGACGAAAAGGGCGUCAGUGUCCCCCUAACUGACGUCCAUUUCGGAUCAGACAAGGUUGUUGUCGAGACUGAAAACGGUCACAAAGUCACAUGUAGCCACGCAGUUGAAGCCACCUGCGUGCCGCUGCAGAAACUGAGCUUGAUUGUCCAGAUGGAGUAUAAUCGGACUUACUGCAUCGCCAUCCGCAUUCCUAAAGGUAGCGUGGAAGAUUGUCUGAUCUACGAUCAAGCAGAGCAAUACAAGUAUGUCCGCAUGACUGAGUGUGAUGAUGAAUGGGACUACAUGGUCGUUGGAGGCUGCGAUCACAAAGUCGGCCAAGAAGAUGAAUGGGAUGAGCGGUACAAGGAAUUGGAGACUUGGGCCCGGGAACGAUUCACCAAGGCCGGUUCGGUGGACUACAAGUGGUCAGGUCAGAUCUUCGAACCUGUUGAUUACAUGGCCUUUAUCGGGAAAAAGCCAGGGUGCAAACGCACCUACACGGUCACGGGCGAUUCGGGCAAUGGACUCACUCAUGGAGUGCUUGCUGGAAAACUCAUCGCGGAUGAGAUUCAGGGAGUUGAGAAUCCGUGGGCCAAGGUGUACGAUCCCCAAAACCGCAAGACGACGCUUAUGAGCAAAGCACCGGACAUCUUGCAGCAUGACAUCCAAAUCAACGCUCAAUACAAGCGAUUCCUGCAGUCGGAUAUCAACGACAUCGAAGACCUAGCCUUUGAUCAAGGUGGCGUCUUGAACCCAACAACCUCCAUUCCCGAAGCCGUGUACAAAGAUAAGAAUGGCAAGGUCACCAGGCUUAGCGCGUUGUGUCCGCACUUGAAGGGCGUGGUAUGUUGGAACAACGACGAAAAGAGCUGGGACUGUCCCAUCCAUGGCAGUCGAUUCAGCAAAUAUGGAAGCCAGGUUAUUGGGCCCUCAAAGAUGGGCUUGCAACCAUUAGAUGAGAAAUGA